CGGAAAUAGGUUCAUGGCACAAAUUCCGGUUGUAAUUUCGUUUGUGUACCAAGUGUACUUUUUAUUAUAAAAGAACUACUGGUCCAUAUUGAAAGAAAUAGUUUCUCAGGGACAAGUAAAAUGACGUAUUUUACGUCAUGGGAAGAAUUUGCAAAAGCGGCUGAACGGUUAUAUCUCGCAGAUUCAUUGAAAGUAAAUCAAAACGUAUUUAAUUAUAAUUAGGAAGUUUAUUAAUAUUAUUAUUUAAUUUGACUCACUCUAAGUCUCUAAGGCUAAGACUCAUCAAGUCCAAGUCAUAGUGAACUCAUCCACAAUAAUUUACUGACUACAAUAUAUAAUAUAGACUGAUAGAAAUAUUAUAUUUUAGUAUAUAAGUAUAAGGCCUAACUAGAUUAAAUUAGGUAGGCUAUAACUAUAAUUAUUAAUAUUAAAUAUAUUAUUUGCCUAAUAAUACUACAGCUAGCUGCCUAAAUAAAAUGAGUAAAACAGAGUAGGGUUAAACCUGAAAAAAUAGACGCAACAAAACAGCGAAAGUGUCGGCAGAAAGCCUUCAUCAGCGAACAAAACAACAGAAAAAACGGUAUAAAAAUAAGAAAUAGCACUUAGCUGGUAAGUAGUAUCUGUGGGCAGCAAUAGAAGGGUCAAAGCUAGCUGCCUAAGCUGCUCAACUGACACAUCACUGCUACUUUGUCUUACUUUUAAUUUUAUGUUAGGUGGGGGUGGGUAGGAGGCUCUAGUCUCUAGUAGUAGUAGUCCAGUGACUGUACUGUACUGUUUCACUGUUUGUACCCCAGUAAAACUGCUAGUUCUAGCUAUUUUUAGUAACUUAGCUUAGUCUUAGGUGACUUGUCUUAGGAAAAGCCACUUUAAAGGUAAAUUCAGGGCCAAGAAUACACAAACACUUAAAAUUAAAACCAGAAUGUGACAUCAUUGUGAUCUAUUACUACAGUAGUAAGAGUAAUCCCAACUAGAAGAUGUGAUUUUAAGUACUUGUACUAGUACCUCAGGAUCAAGACAAAAAACAGGUUAUUGGGACUAAUAAAUCAAUACAAGAAUCAGCAAGGCAAAUGAGGCAUUUGAAAUGUUAUUAUUGCUAACAUCCUAUUAGAAAUUGAGCAACCUGAGCAUUAAAGGUAUAUCAAUACUAAUAUCAGAAUAUUAUAAUAAUGUCUAGAAAAUUAAAGUGCAGGAAGACCCUUUGCCAUUUGCAUAUCUUAAUAAAAAGCAGGAAGUCUCUCCGACUAAAGGCCUAAUAGAAUCUUCUAGCCAAAAGACAAUCUCCAAUAAUGAUGUGAGAUGCAAAUUGUAACUGACAGCCAUUGCAGAAAUUGUUCAGAUGCCUCCCUGUUAAAUUUAGUUUUUUGUCUUUUUUUUAAGCUCAUUUACUUCCCAGAACAACUCUUAAUGUGUAGAGCUCAGGGAGAAAAAAAUGAGAAAGACGCAAAAGAUCUUGUGCAGUAAAUUAGAGAAAGAAAUAGAAACACGACCUAGCACACGGCUCCUACAGAAGCAUCCAAUAGACUAAAGUUGAGCAUUCCUUGGCCAGAGCCUUAUGCACUAUUCUGCACAUGAGGACUGAAUGAACCUUAGCUUACUGACAUUUUUUUCAAGAUUCAAAUUUUAAAGGCCAUAGGAGGUUGCAAAAGCCAUUGGCACAAAUUGAUAAUGAUUUAGAAAGUUACAAAAUAUAUAAGAUUAAUAAAUGAUGAUUUUCUUAUAUUUUCAGUGUCGAUUUGUUACCAAGUAUAGACAUUGUGAUGGUAAACUAAGUGUUAAAGUUACAGAUGACAAAGUUGUAAGUGACUUUGGGAAUAAUAGUCAAAAAUAGAUUUAAAAGAUUAGCAUUUGUCAAACCCUAUUGAGUAUUUAAUUUGUUUCAGUAUUUACAAAUUAAUGUUGUUAGUAAAUUGCAUUUCACCCAUUCUUAAGAAUGCCAACAGAAUAACUUAAAUUAAUAUUUGUAAUCACCACCAUUUUUUUGGAGAAGGACGUAUUUUAAAUGUAAUUAUAAACAAUCCCUAAAAACAAAGUUUUUCGUAUAAAUCCUAUUAUAUUAAUAACCGUAUUCUAAUUUCCCACCCGCUUUUGCACCACAGAUUUUUUUCACUAUUUCAGAAAAACAAAAGAAAAUUUUAUGCACCAAACGCACUUAAGAUAUUUUUAAGAAUUUAGCUCAGUUAUUGGGAAUUUUAUUUCGUGAAUUCAAUGACAUCAUAUUUCCUUCAUCUUCCCCUUGAAAAACUGACUUUGGAGGUUGGGGCUAAAAAUUUGAUAGAAUACAUUGUCAUCAGCAACAAGGCUAUGUGCCAAGUUUCAUCUCCAUAGGUUGACAGGAAGUGGGUCAAUUAGCCAUCCGAAGAUUUUGCCACCCAGCCAGACACAUUAACAAAAGCGAAGUUAAUAAUGAAGGAUUUUAAAAAGUUAAAAGCUUAAUUUAAAUACGGGUAUUUGUGUUAUUUUGUACUUUCUUAUCACUACUACAAUAACAUAUGCCAUUUUAAUUAAUAUGACGUGAGUGUAUUAGGGGCCAUCCAUAAAUGACGUCACGAAAAUUUUUCUGAUUUUUAACCCCCCCUCCCCCCAUCGUCACAAAAUGUUAGACCCCCCUCAAAUAAAACGUCACAAAUCUCUGCACCCCCUCCCCCCUAUAAAAAGUCCUUGUGUCCACUACUGUCCUUUACAAACCCUUAAGAAAUUUGCCUCCUAGUGUCUCAUUUUUAUUUUACUUAGUUUACAUGUUUUUAAUAAUUGUAAAGCGCUUAGAGCUUUAUGGUAAGCGCUAUAUAAAAAUACCUAAAUAAAUAAAUAAAUAAAUAUCAAAUUACUACACCCGUGACAGAAACAUUUCACUACAUCAGUGGUUCUUAACCAGGGGUACAAGUACCUCGCAAGCCUUGUGGUGUGGAAGACCAAAAAUUUGUAUUCAGUGGCGUAGCUAGGGGGGUGCGGACUGCACUGGUCAAAACCAUCUCGGGGGGUGACACCAAAUUGAAAAAUAACGUAAUUACAGAGCACACACUAUUCGGUCUAACCGAAAUUCAUAAAAGGUUAACAGAUGACACGUACAUUUAACCAAUCAAAAUGCGUGUUUCGUUAAUAUUAAAAUUUCAAGGCUGAUGCCAUGGCAAUUAGAUUAUCAUAUUAUUAGGUCAGAAACACACCGUUUUGACCAUGUUUCAACGCCGAAUGAAGUGUUUGGUAACUUUUGUAUAAGUUUCAGGAAGCUAUUUUUAUCUAAAUUCUAAGAAAUACAACUAUCCUUUGAUAACCAUUGGAUAUUAUAAGUACAAGUUACAGUUCUGAAAUACAUUUACCACCUUAGCUUAAUUUAAUUUGUUUUUGUUCUUGUAUUUCUUAUACUGUGGACUACGUUUAACAAGAAGAAAUACAUCGUGAAAAGGGGGGUGGGUGGGUGAAAUCACGAGCUUACCGGACCAGGUGACACCAACCCUAGCUACACCACUGAUUGUAUUUGAUGCCAUUGCUAGUUGUUGCUGCUUUAAAAAAAUAAAAAAAAAAAAAAAAAAAAAAAAAAAAAGCAAGUUUGUAUGGAUUUUGAUUGACAGCAGUCAAUGCUGAAUUUCAUUGGCGCAUUGCGUGUAUUGGUAAUUCUUUCCCGUUUAUAAAAAGUUAAUUAAAGAAAUGAAACUACGAUAGCUAAAUUAUUUAAUUAUUUUAAAUUUUAUUACCGUACAAUAUAAUUUAUACGGUUGGGGAGGGAUGUUUAAAACGAAGUGGGCCUGCAACGCUGCAAAAAGGGUUAAGAAUCCCUGCCCUAGAGCAUUAAUUACUAAGAUAACCCCCACCCCGCGGUCAACCUUUUUUUCCCGCUCCAUCCCUUUUCCCGCGUCCACAUAUAGCCAUAAAUAAUCACGACUGUCAUUGUAAAUACACUCCGAUUCCCCUCCUCCUUGGCGUCCUGUAACUUAAUUAGAGGCCAUUCUUCGGACUGCACAUAUCUGUACUCAGGGCCGGCGCUAGGAUGGUGUGGGGCCUUGGGCAAAUUGACUUUUGCUCGGCCGUUGAAGUUAUAUAUUCACCGAUAGGAUAUAAAGACACGUUAAAGUCGUACAUUGCUUGAGGUCCCCCCCUCCCCCUCGUCACACAUCGUCACAAAAAUCUGACCACCCCCUCUAGGCGUGUGACGUCAUUUAUGGAUGGCCCCUUAUCUGGCAUUCUCAUGCUCAUAAGUUUUUAAUUUGUUUUGCUCUUAUUCCUAUGAUCAUGCCAUCACAUUGUCAACUAGAACUAGUGCUGGAAUCAUUUUUUUAUAUGGUAAUGGUAGUCAAAAUAUCCCGAGUUGUUUCAUUUCAAAAGGUUUUGUUAAAAGUUAUAAUCCCUCAUUUCUUAUGAACAUCUGUAAUUCAUAAUGACUUUUUAUGGACAUACUUAAGCUCAGUGGUUCCCAAGCUUUUUGACUCACUGAGCCAAAUUUUAGAAUCAAUUUCUUUAGGGCCUUUAGGCCUAACCUAUGCCUUUCUAGUUAAUAGUAUUUAGGAAAUUACUGGAGUGGUGCAUGAGUUUUGAACCACUGCUUUAGCUCAUUUUUACCCUGCGUUUUCAAUCACUUUUUCUACAUUACAUUUUCCUAGCAUUCAUUUGUUAUUAGUGGUUUCCAUAUUAGAUGCUUAAAUUACACAGUCGCUCGUGUAUCUUGUGUGGGGACACUAUUAUUAACACUGAAAUAUUUGUUUAAAGGGGGCUACAAUUUUCAGUGAAUUAGAUUUAGAAGGUAGAAUGAAAUUCAGGUUGUUACUAAUAUAUUAAAUUGCACUGCCUUAAAUUAUAUUUCUUUCUUUAUAUUUCAGUGUUUGCAAUAUAGAACAGAACAUGCACAAGAUGUUAAAAAAUUAGAAAAAUUAACUGGUCAUCUUAUGCGGCAUAUGGCAUCUAAGGAAAAAUAGGACUAGCCAUGAUUGGUGUAUUAAGAUUUUCUUUUUAAAAAAUUGCUUAAGUUGGCUUUGAUUUUUGCAUUGCUGUAUGUUUUUUUGUUUUUUUUUAAAUAAAAACAUUACAUCUUUACUUUUUGAGUUGCUGUCUUUCAUAAAUUUCAAAGAAUUUAACAAAAUUCAUACAUUCAAAUAUUUUUAUAUACCGGUAAUACUGGUAGGCCUACUAUAUGUAGAGUACCAGUAGUGAAAAUAUGCUUCAUCUGUUUUUCUACAUGAAGUUACCUUUUAACUCAUGUUGCCAUUUUAGAAAUCUUAAAAACAGAAGUAUACCGCUUUUUUAAAUUUGAGAUGUCAAUUUACUAGUUGAAAUGUAAUUUGUUUAGAGGCUUUCACUUCUGCUCACUACUGGUGAAGAGGCAUGGAAAUAAAAAUGAAAUGGCCAGCCCAAGAUUUUGCAUUAAGCAUAGACAUGUUUUU